UGGUGUAAUGCUGACGCCCCCUCAGACGUCAUACUGAGCUCAGCCUCCAAGAGGAAAAACAAGGGUGCUAGUGAGACCUACAGAGAUCACAGCUUUCUGCUCUCCCAGCUAGGUACAUGCGGACAAUGCAGGUCCCAGGAUGGCACCAGGUUUCUCAGCACUGACAGUGGGGGUUGUGGUGUCCCUCUGCCUGCAGAUAUAUGGUGAGAGUCUGUCCCAACCAGGCAAAGUGCAAUUUGUUGCUGACAUCUUCAACUAUGUCCUGCACUGGACGCCCGGAGUGAACUACUCCCGUGACACGUUGUAUGAAGUGGAAUAUAAGCUGUAUGGUAAGUCUCCCUGGAUGGCUGUCCCAGACUGCACUGGGAUCUCUGGGCACUCCUGCAAUCUGACCUACCAGAUGAUGGACACUCAACCAUCUUCUCCCCGCUACUAUGCAAGAGUUAGGGCAGUAUCUGGAAACCGCACCUCUCUCUGGGCCAGGACGAACGCUUUUUCCCCAAAAGAAGCUACUCUGCGUCUAUCAGAUGUGAGUCUGUCUGUGAGAGACAACACCAUCCACGUGAGCGUGCAGCAGCUGAUCCUGAAAGUGGGGAACAAAACGGUCUCAUACAAAGACAUACAAAAGUAUGGUAGACAAUACAGAACGUAUGUCAGGAGGGCGUCAGACAAUCUCCAGCAGGUGCAGGUGGAGACCAGAGAAGAGUUUGACAUCCCCAUGCUCCUGUGGGGCGAGGAGUACUGCAUCCGUGUAGAGCUAUGUGUCCUCUCCAGGCCAGUCGCCUCCAACAUGACCAAGGAGAAGUGUGUCGCGAUCCCCAAGGAGGACGAGAGCACGGGGAUUAUAUCUGUCGGCGUUGGCAUCUUCCUCCUCGUUUUCUCAGCCACUCUUCUCCUGGGCACUCUUCUACUCUGUGCAUACAUAAAGCAACCCGUCAGGACACCAGGCAUAUUGAAAUCUCUCCUAAAACCCUCUGGGUCAGAGCAUGAGCACUUCCCCUUCGGGGCCAGGGACGUGGUUGUGUGCUUGGAUGAGGAGUCAGUCCAGCAACUCUCCAUGUGCCAAAAGGACCCCAUGCAACACAGCAGCACAGACAGCGGCUCCAGCCCUGCACAACAGCCACCAGACAAGGGCUGCGUGUUCCUGACCUUCCCUGAUGACUGUGAACGCCGGCUGGAGCCGGAAGGCCUAGCACGGGGGGACAGCAGUUGCAACAGCACCGACAGCGGCAUUUGCCUACAAGACUCUUCCUCUGGCCUGAGCCGGUUCUGGGGCUCAGAGAGCCAGGACUACAAAAGACAGCUGCCAGGGAGUGACGAUAGUGGCAUAAGCCUGGUGUGGCGUCCCCCGUGCCUGACACACUCCGCCAGCAGCAGGGACUAUACAUCUGUGGAUGAGGGGCAGGACCAGCGUGAAAGAGAGCAUGACUCUUCCCCGCCGGCCAGGGGGCUCAGCCAGGAGGCUGUGGAGUUUCGUGGGUACCUGAAGCAGCCGAAGGGUACCAUAGAGAGGCAGCAGGACAAAACUGAGGGACAGCUUCCCACACAAAGCCCUGGCAGGACCGAUGUCACGCUGGAGAUGGGUUGCUCUGAGCCUGCCCUAGCCAAAGGCUACUUGAAGCAGGCAUCCCCAGAGCUCACCUGCGGCAAUACAGACACGGUGCUCGCUGGGGAGUCAGGCUUCCUGGGCUUUACAAGCAGGCUGGAGUGCAGCGGCUCGAGUCUGCUCAACUACGGGGCGCUGGGCAUUUCUGUGCCCUUGAAAUCCCUCCCUGAGCUCCCCAAGGCGCCCUUUGCAUUGGACAUCUUCAACACAGACCUGCUGGGCACCCUGCCUCUCAUCUCCAGCUUACAUUCAAAUGAGCGACUCUGCCUGGAAAUCGACUCUCGGAGCCUGCUGGGGGCUGACUGCAAGGACAGUCGCCGAUAGGCCAGGCUGGGGAGAGUCUGCUCCUGGACUGGAGUGAGGCGUCACAUGGGGAGCUGCGAGCAUAGCAGGCUCUCUUUGUAUGAUUUGUUCUUAACUACCUCAUGUAGUGGUGUCCCUGGGGGAGCAGCUACUGUGAUAAGCUAUUGCCAACACCAUGAAAGUUGUGCUGAUGGGAGCCACAUCAGAACUGCAGAGCUGAGGGAGCUGCAGCCUACCCCCCAUCCACAGACACAGCCACCACCAAACAGGGCAGUUGGCCAUGACAGAGAUUCCCACCCAUCUCCAUUCAGUACAGAGAACGUGUCUCUCCCCUGCUGGAAACAUAUAACGUGUCUGUGGGAAGAAUGGGAUAGAGGCAGUAAGCUGUAUUAAAAUUGUGCGGCAUUUCUGCAUGGACAUUAGUCCUGGGGCCCAGAGAUAUCCUUUCCCUCUCUUCUCUCACGCAAGGGCUAUUAACAGCAGCAAGACCCCUGACAUAUUUAUGAGUGUUGUAUAUUGACUAUUGGAAAUGUUUUGCCUCUUUUGUUCAAAUAAAUGUUAUUUAUUUA